AUGGAUUCAAAGCUUAUUCAGUACAAUGUUACUACUCGCUGGAAUUCCUCUUAUUGCAUGCUUAAUGAUGCUUGGAAUGCUGCUCCUCAAAUUCAGGAAUAUCUUAAGAUAAAACAUAUUGUGGGUGCACUAAGGUGCAUGUACGAUAGGGAGGGAAAGUUCAAGGACUUUGACACAGAUGUCGCUAACGCAUCUAAGAGCGCCAUGAGAAAAUAUGACAAGUACUAUACUCUUAUAGAUGAUUCAUACGAUAUUCUCUAUAUUACAAUGUUCUUGGAUCCUCAGUUUAAGAAACUUAUUCUUAAGUAUGAGUUACAGGAUGGAGCUAAGGAUAUUAUUACUGCUAUGCAAGAGCAGCUUAAGAUCUAG